AUGGAGAAUUUACAACAGUUUAUAAAAAAAUCGGAGCCCAGUAAAGCACGCAAGAGAUUAGUCAAUAAAUCAAAGUGGAAACGUGAAGUAUUGCGUGAAAAAAGAUACAAGCCAAAUACGCUUCCAGCAUUCCCAUCAUGUGGACACAGUCGCAAGGCAUUUCAGUGCGCUACUUUAGCAUGCACAGAAAUAAGAAAAUUCCACCAAUCAUUUUACAAACAUCCGACAAAAAUUUUGCAGGAUAAUUUUAUAAUAAAACACUGUACUAUCACAACAUCUAAAACUACAAAAGUUGGUAGCAAGCGAAAUCAUUCGUUAAAAUAUUUCAUUCGUAACAAGAGCGGCAAAAUGAUCCCUGUUUGUCAAAAAACAUUUACUAAGGUAUUGUGUGUAACCAAAGACCGUAUACAGGGAGUGAUGCGAAGAUUUUAUGAAAAGGAGGAGAUGGCAAAAGAGCGUAGGGGUGGGGACCGAAAAAGUCAGAGGUUUGAAGAGAAAAGAAAAGCGGUACAAGCCUUUAUAGAGUCAUUAAAAGCAAAUGAAAGCCACUACUGCAGAUCAAAAAAUUUAAAAAGAUUGUAUUUGUCCCCUGAACUAAACAUAAAAAAACUUUGGCGUAUGUAUAACAACGACCAUCCUCGCUUAGAAGUAAAACAGCAUUUUUUUAGAAAUAUAUUUAAUUGUUACUAUAACAUUGGUUUUGGCACACCUAGGUCUGAUGUUUGUUCGACAUGUCUUCUGUUAGAUGAGAACAUUAAAAAAGAAACAAAUACUGAGAUCAUAAAUAAAUUGAUAAUUGAAAAAAGAGUCCACCGUUUGAGGUUCAAAGCAUUCUAUGAGAUCUUGCAGGAGCAAAGAAGUGAUCUUCUAACAAUAAGUUUCGACUGUCAAAAAAAUUUAGGGCUACCUAAAGUGCCAGAUCAGUCCGCCUACUAUAGCCGCCAAUACAAUUUUUACAACUUCACUAUAGUAGUUGGUAGCUCUAAGGCAAAAUUGACCAAGGAAAACAUAUUUGCAUAUACCUGGAAUGAAACCAUACACAAUAAAGGUAGUAAUGAAAUCAUUUCAGCAGUUCAUCACUUUUUAACUAAUUUAGGUAUCAAAGAAGAAAUCAAAGUUUUAAGAAUAGUAGCAGAUGGCUGUUCUGGGCAAAAUAAAAAUUCCGGCAUGGUAGCCAUGCUUGGAAAGUGGUUGACAACAGAAGCACCCAGACACAUCAAAAGGAUAGAAAUAGUUUUUCCUGUUGUAGGACACUCCUUUAUUCCACCCGACCGCGUAUUUGCUCAAAUAGAGAAAGAUUUGAAAAAGCGUGAAGUCAUUUCGUCACCUGAACAAUAUCAAGAACUUAUAACUCAAUAUUGUACAUUGACUGUUUUAGAUACGAUUGCUGUACGAGAUUGGAAAUCGGCCUAUGCGCCAAUUAUCAAACCAACGACUAGCUGGCACGUACAGUUCCAAAAGUGCAAAAGGUUUUUCUUGACACGUUCCAAAACAAAUAAUUUAUUGCUGCAAGGAGAACAGUCAUAUAAAAUUGAAAUUAAUGUAAAGAAGCCCAUAACAAAGAAAAAUAAAAGCAUCACUAUGUUGACUCCAGUUGUUAUUCCAGCAAACCAGUUAAUUCCAAAAAAAGCAAAGAUCACCGAUGUUUCAAAUCUAUUAAAAAAACAUUAUGGAGAGCAAUGGAGAGACAUUGAAACAUUAGCGUUUUAUAAAACAGUGGAAGGCAGAAGGUCUUAUGAGCAAGGAGAUAUUGACGAAAAUACAGCAGAGAUACCAAGCGACCUUUGUGAAGACGGCUUUGAGGAUGUCAACCUAAUAGUAUAA